AUGAAAGAACCAAUCCCACCUCCCCCGUACCUGGAUGAUGUUCCCAUAUCCCCACUAUCAUCAUCGAGGCAACUGCGCUUCCUUAUCAUCGGUGCCGGCUCUCGCGGAAACGCCUACGCUCGUGCCGUCACAAUUGUAACACCGGGUAUAAUUCACGCAAUCGCUGAGCCCCACGCAUUUAAACGACGUGAAUUGGGGCGAAAAUAUAUAUGGGGGGAAUCCAAAUCCUCUAAAGAGGGCCAGGAAUUUACAGAUUGGCGCGAAUGGGUACAGUGGGAGCUCGAGCGACGGAAGCGGGCGAGUCAAAACAACGAUGAUAACGCAGCAAAUGCCAACUCAACUCCCGUGGGUGUAGAUGGAGUCUUUAUCUGCACACUAGACGAUACACAUGUUGAAAUCCUACAGGCGCUCGCCCCGUUCCAGAUACACAUCCUCUGCGAGAAGCCACUAGCCCUCUCGCUGGACGACUGUCUAACGGUAUACCGAGCUCUCCAACCACCAGAAGGCGCAGACAAUACCCCUCAAGCUCCAAAGAACAUAUUCUCUAUCGGCCAUGUCCUCCGCUACAGCCCGCACAACAUCCUACUCCGCAAGCUUCUCCUGACAGAGCGCGUAAUCGGCGAUAUAGUCUCCCUGGAACACUGCGAGCCUGUAGGCUGGUGGCACUUCUCGCACAGCUAUGUCCGAGGCAACUGGCGGCGCGCAACAGCAGCCGGCGACGGCUCCCUCCUCACAAAAUCCUGCCAUGACAUCGACUUCAUCCUCUGGCUUCUUUGCUCCCCGCCCUCACCCGAAAAAGCCCCCAAGCAGGCUCAACAGCCGCACUUACCGCGCUCGAUCUCCUCCGUCGGCACGAUGACGCAGUUCCGCCGAAAGCGCAAGCCCAUCUCCGCAGGUAAUGCUACAAACUGUCUCUCCUGCCCCGCUGAGCGUGACUGUAACUACAGCGCGGUUAAAAUAUAUAACGAUCGCCACCUCGCGACCGGUCACACGGCUUGGCCGGUUGACAUUGUCUGCCCGGAUAUCGAGGAUGUGUUCCGUGCCCAAGGUGACAAAGCUGCCGAAUCGCUGCUUCUCUCCCGCCUUGCCGAGGACUAUGACCGGGAUGCAGUGUCGGAUGCGGACAUGGCUGCGCGGCCUUGGUACGGGCGGUGCGUCUACGAAGCCGAUAAUGAUGUCUGCGACGAUCAGGUUGUAACGUUUAAUUGGGAUGAUGAAGAGGCGGCGCCGCAUCGGCUUGCUAAAACGGCAAGCUUCCAUAUGAUUGCGCCUACAGAGAAACAGUGUGAGCGACGGGGCCGGGUGUAUGGCACUAUUGGUGAAGUUUCGUAUGAUAGUACAACGAUUUCUGUAUUUGAUUUUGCCACGGCGAAGACUACUGUCUUUGACGUACCGAAGCCGCCGCCGGGGCAGAACGAGUCGCAUGGCGGUGGGGAUUUUGGGCUUGCGAGGCAGUUUGUUAGUGCUGUUGAGGCAGUUGAGGGGGGAUUGGACGUUGAGACGGCGCAAGCGACGUUUGUUGGGUGUUCACUUGAGGAGGCGGUGCGGAGCCAUGCUGUUGUUUUUGCGGCCGAAGAGGCGAGGAGAGAAGAGAGGGUUGUGAAAUGGAAGAGCUGGUGGGAGGAGAAGUUAAGAGUUUCUGCCGCUGCGUGGAAGGCAUAA